UUCCCGCACUUAGGACAGGAAUAUCGCUUCUCCCCGUGUGAGAUCUCUGAUGUGCAGAAAGUUUUGACUUCUGUGAAAAACAUUUCCCACACUCUGUGCAGGAGUAUGGCUUCUCUCCCAUGUGGGAUCUCAGAUGUUUCACAAGAGCUGCUUUCACUGGGAAACAUUUCUCACACUCGUUACAGGAGAACGACUUCUUCCCCACGUGGGAGCGUUAGAUGUCUGACAAGAGUUGCUUUGUGUGAACAACAUUUCCCGCACACAGGACAGGAAAAUGACUUCGGUCUGUGAGAUAACUUAUGUGAACUUAAACCCGAUUUAUUGAUAAAACAUUUCCCGCCUCAGGACAGGAAUGAGACUUCACACCCGUGUGGGUUAUAUGAUGUCUGACAAGCUGUGAUUUUUUUACAAAACAUUUCCCGCACUCAGGACAGGAAUGUGGCUUCUUCCCUGUGUGAGAUCUUACAUGCAUAGUGAGAUCAGUUUUAAAACGGAAACAUUUCCCGCACUCAGGGCAGGAAUACAACUUCUCCCCCGUGUGAGAUCUUUUAUGCCUACUGAGAUUGGAUUUAAAACAGAAAUAUUUCCCGCACUCAGGGCAGGAGAACCUCUUCUC